CAGAAAAUCGUCUGAAUAUUGCCACGUUUGUGCGUUCGUUUAGAACUCAAGUAGAAGAUGUGCAGAGAUCACUUACAACAAUGGAUAUUUUUCAAACGGACAUCAGAGCAGCAGCCGUUCGGAGGAUGACCGCAUUGAGAGUUAAUGUUUUGCGUGUUGGACACGACCAUCGUGAGAUUUUGGACUUGUUGCCUCUUUUGGAUAGCGUGCUGACUGAAGUGCAGAAUAUGGGUGAACGGCAAGCUGAAUCGAACAACCGUGAGGCUGAUGCUCAGCAGGAUGACGUUGCUGAUGACGACACCGAUGCUGAUACUGGUGAUAAUGGUGGUGCCGCGGUCGGAGGUGCACGUGGAGAAGCCGGUGUCGAUCCAUCUAAUACCAGCAGGAGUUCCCGCAGAACUGGUUUCCAUGCUCCUCGGGUGAGUGAUGGAUCUGUUGGGUCAUCAUCUUACCAUAUUCCAAGGACUCAGCUGGAGUACCUGUUUCAUGCAAAUUUCCCUGCACCAAGAAUUGCAUCCAUAAUGCAAGUUUCAGUGGCUACGAUCCGUCGUAGAUUAAGAUCAUAUCGCCUGUCAUAUCGACAGCGCCAGUCCACUAUAUCCGAUGAGGACCUUGACGAUAAUGUAAGAACGAUUUGUGCUGGCAAUCGUCGAAUCGGCUAUAGACUAGUACAGGCCCGCUUAGAUAGUGCUGAAAUACGUGUGACCAGGGAACGAGUCCGUCAGAGCAUGCUUCGGGUUGACCCAGUGUCUGUUGCCUUGUGUUGGUGCCAGACGAUUAGGAGAAGAUCGUACCAUGUCUCCGGGCCAAAUUCUCUGUGGCAUAUCGAUGGAAAUCACAAAUUGAUCAGGUGGGGUUUUGUCAUACAUGGUGGCAUAGAUGGUUUCAGUAGACUUAUGGUGUUCUUGAGUGUCGCGUACAAUAACAGGGCUUCUACGGUUUUGAGUUCGUUUGUAACGGCAGCUGAUACUUAUGGAGUACCAUCUCGGGUUAGAGCGGAUCGUGGUGGUGAGAACAAUCUUGUAGAGGAAUUCAUGAACACUUUUAGAGGCAACAAUCGGGGAAGCAUGAUCAGGGGACGCUCGGGCAGCUAUCCUCAUGUGAAUGAACUGUUUUGUGAUCCUGGUACUGAUGUGGAAAUUUCUCAGGAAGAUGUGGAAUCAUAUGGUAUCGACUGGGAUGGACCUCGUCCUGAUGAUGAUGACGAUGACGUGGGUGGUAAUGCGACCCAGACAGUCACUGUGGUUGAAAGCGAGACUCCUUUUUCCCGAGAAGAUUUUAUUCUACUACAACAAACUAUUUCGCCUUUACAGAACUCGAUUGAUACUUUUGGUAUUGAUAUAUAUCUGAGUGUUCUAAAUUUUAUGGGCGAACAUGGUUUAGUCAUCUGA